AUGGCCGCGCCAGGGCUACGGCGUCUGCCGCCGUACUGGUACGAGUACAAGACGCGUGCAAAGACGCGUUGGUACGGCCGUCAAAUUCUAGAAGUAUUUACGACCGAGUUUCGCGAUCGUACCAAAGAGUAUUAUAUCUGGGCCAUUCAUCAUGGUCUGUGUACCGUGAAUGGCGAGCGCGUCUCGCCCACGUAUUGCAUACAAAACAGUGACUUUAUUGUGAACAAAGUUCAUCGUCAUGAACCCUCUGUGACGAAUGCGCCAGUUCGUAUCUUGUAUCGCAAUGACGACGAGGGACGCAUUGUCGUUGUGAAGCCAGGCAGUAUUCCUGUACAUGCGACGGGUCGAUACCACCACCACACACUCGUCGAAAUGGUCAAGGAACAAGCCCAUCUGCCGCAUUUGUUUACCAGCAAUCGUCUUGACCGUCUUACCUCCGGGAUCAUGGUGUGUUCUACGACGAAAGAGGCGGCGUGUGAGCUUGGCAACGAUUUCAAUGCAGGUCUUGUGAACAAGGCGUAUGUGUGCCGAGUUGUAGGCCGUUUCCCUGACGGUAUUGUCGAUUGCCGCGAACCGAUCUUGAGUGUCGAUCGCCAGAGUGGUCUCAACAUUGUGCACCCCAAGGGCAAAGAGUGUCGUACGCUCUUCCAGCGUCUGUCGUACGACGCUGCGACAGACUCUAGUGUCCUGUUAUGCCGUCCCAUCACUGGACGAACGCACCAGAUCCGUGUGCAUGCGCAGUGGCUGGGCCAUGCGAUCAGCAAUGAUCCCCUAUACAACCACCCGGUGUGGAACACCGUCGAUCGCGACGUGCUGGCCACAGCGCAGCCGCGGCAUUAUGAACGUGUCGGUGGCGAGUCAGGCAAUGUCGAGGUAGAACGUGUCCUGGCUGCAUUGAAGGGCACGCGUGACGAUACAGAAGGGUGGGCCCGCUGGCGUGACUAUGUUCAUUUUGGCGAGCUGAACAAACAAUUAGGCUACGAAGACAUCUACGUCCCCGGCCCCAAUGGCGAGCCUGCGCCUGCACCGCCAGGACCCUUGGCAAUGAACGAGACAGAGACGUGCGAUGUGUGUCAUAUCCCUCUGUUGCCGGAGUCGAAGCCCGAGGAACUGUACAUUUAUCUACAUGCGAUCAAGUACUGGACAGAUGCAUGGGUCUUCCAGGACGAAUUGCCCUGGUGGGCUAGUGAGCAAUGGCAGCAACUAGACGCACAGCCAGACCUUACGUUGCCAGAUUCGGCCCUGAUUGCGCAUCACGCAGGCGAAGACGAUGUACUGGGCCUCGGGAAAGGCGGUGCACAGCGACGUGUACAGACGGAGCUGACGAUGCGCAAGCGGAUAGGCGACUACGCUGUUGUGACGAGCUCACCUACUCCGACACUCACAGAGAUGCCGCCGCUGCUCUUGGAAGUGCCGCGCGGCUUGGAAGAUGCAGCUCAGCGAGAGAUUCUUCGUCGUCUUCCCUCGACGUUGGCCGCGACAAGCAAUGCGACACUUGAAUCGGCGCUGCAUUCCGGCAUGGUGUGUGUGCCUGCCCCCUAUCAUGCCUGGGCCUUGGCAUCGUACGACGCUGCGUCACUCCCUGUCGCCAUUGCUGCGUACUGGCGCGUGAGCCAGGCGGUGCUCCCUCGCUCGAUCCUCGAUGCCCUUUUUAUCGAGCGUGUCCAGGCGCUGGGCAUGCAUGGCCCGGGCCACGAACUUGCUUCGCCACUCACUCAGUCCGAACAGGAGCUGUUGUCUUUUGUUGAUGCGGUGUGGUCGGCCAGCGAGGCUGAGCGUACACAGGCCCUUGCGGCAUGGCAAGCACAGGCACAGGCAGAGUCGACCAUCGGUCGUCGAUGGUGCGUCAGCGUGGACCGAAGCAGCUACGUGUUCCCCACGCUCAGCUCGCACCUCUUGGAAUCACAUAUGCAAGAACUGGUCGCCGCCUGGCUCGACGAUGCGACGUGGACGUGGGCGCCGCGCACCGAGGCGGAUCUCGUGAUCAAGUGGACAUUGGCACCACGCUUCGGCGUACGUGAGUCGUUGCAAUCAGGACCUCGUGCUCGUCAAGGCAAUCCAUCAGGAACGCUGUUUGUGCAGCUGCAAACGCCGCAUCGAGCGCCCCGUACAGCGGAGGCACUGCGCCUGCGACUUGCGCAAUCACGCGCAGCUUGUCUUGCGUCGAUGGUCCCGAUCGCGCAGGGCACGCAUGCCAGUGCCUUGGCGAGUGUGGACGCACAACUAGGCCUUGGCUUGGACGCUAUGUUGCGUUCACGAGGACGUGAGCCGACUACCGAUACGUCACCCACAUCGCUUGACGCGGCGCUGAUCGAAAUGCCGGAAAAACCGCGGGAAAUGCCACAUGCCCACCUGUUUGACCACUAUGUCGCGGCGCUUCAGCAGCUGGAUUCCGCGCUCUCUGUAGGCGCUCGUGCGCUGAUUGUAACAAGUGAGCCACGACUUCUUCGGCGUGCGCUGCGCGAACUGGAAAACCAGGCACGACGGCACCACAAACCAGAGACGCUACGUUUAGAACCGCUGGUGAGGGAGCAGGAGGCGGACGAUGCUAUGCUCCCUAUGGAGGACGCGUCGACUAUAACCGAUGCCAACGAAGAAGUCACGCUGCGCGAAGGACUACGCUCCUUUUCGUACCACCACAGCUACGUCGCACAAGUCGUGCUAGCGCCGCUGUUCGCACGUACAUGA